AUGGGGACCAGUGACACCUUUCACUACCGCAUCGGUAUCGAUGUCGGCGGGACGAACACCGAUGCUGUGAUUUUGGACACUUCGAUCAAGGACCCCAUCAGGUCAGUGAUAGCGACACACAAAGCGCCAACGACAGCGGACGUGACUUCUGGGAUCGAGCAAGCUGUCGCACAAGUACUUGCAGCCUCCAAGAUCAAUCGCAGCCUUGUUAGCUGCGUCGCAGUUGGUACUACACACUUCAUUAACGCCGUGGCUGAGCGGGACGCCAGGAAAUUGGACAGAGUCGCCAUACUUCGGCUUUCCAAAAGCUUUACCAGAGAGAUUCCGCCUUUCGUGGACUUCCCUUCAGAGCUUCGGGGCAUCGUCGAGGGCUUCUUCGACUACGCGGACGGGGGCCUACGCAUUGAUGGGGUCCCAGAAGCGCUAGUGGAUGAAGCUGCUGUAGGGGCCUUCUGCGACCGAGUCAGCGCUAACAAGAUUAAGGCCAUAGCGAUUGUCGGUAUCUUCUCCCCUCUCCGAACCAACCAAGAAUACCGGGUCUAUGACCUGAUACACCGUCGACUGCCGCACGUUGCCGUAGUGUGCUCAUCUGACAUCGCAAACCUGGGUCUUUUGGAGCGAGAAAAUGCGUCAAUCCUCAAUGCGGCAGUCUAUCACUUCGCGAAACAUACGAUUCGUCGUUGUCAGUACGCGAACCUCAAGCUCGGCCUGGCGUGCCCACUGUAUCUCACUCAGAACGAUGGGACUAUGGUAGAGGCCUCUUCAGCGCAACCGAUCCGCACUUUCGCCUCGGGAGCGACGAAUUCCAUCCGCGGCGCUGCAUAUCUGAGCGGUAUCGGACAGCUCCCUACCGCCAGCGAGCACAGCAAAGCUCCUGUUAUAGUUUGUGACAUCGGAGGCACAACGAGUGACGUCUGUAUACUACUGCCAUCGGGAUAUCCCCGCCAAGGGGUGAUCGGCUCUCGGGUUGGAGGCGUCAAGGUCAACUACGCGAUACCACAUGUAAUUUCCCUACCGCUUGGAGGUGGAUCCAUGGUCCGCAAGCAGGGAGAUGGAACAGUCACGGUAGGGCGAGACUCUGUAGGAUACAGCAUCCGCGAGAAGGCAUUCAUCUUUGGCGGAGACUCGCUCACAGCCAUGGACGUGGCUAUCGCUGCCGGAGCGCCCAAUAUUCGUGGUGGUGACGUAUCAAGAUUGCAACAGAUUCCUCAGUCUACAAUUUUUCAGGCCCAGCAAGCCAUGCGCAAAUCACUCGAAGCAGUCGUUGAGUCCGUGAAGACUUCUCCAGGAGACCUGCAGAUGCUCAUUGUCGGCGGAGGGUCUCUUCUCGCGCCAGCAGAGCUCUCAGGGGUCUCUCAGAUCAUCAGACCUGACUUUCACGACGUGGCCAACGCCAUUGGUGCCGCAACCGCCAAGAUCAGCGUGACUCUGGAUACGAUUGAGACUGCAUCCGCUGAAGGAGUAGCUGCGUGCUUGCAGAAGGUCAAGCAGCUUUCGUUAGAGAAGUUGCGAAGUAAAGGAGUGCUACCAGGCACUGAGGAGAUCGUUGAGGUGCUGACACUGCCACUACAGUACGUCGCCAACACGGUCCGCGUGGUCGUGAAAGCCGUUGGUGACUUUGUGCCGAGCUCCAUAUCAGCGCCUAAUGGCGAUGAUGCACCAGCUGGACUUGAAUCGAUGUAUGACGAAAUGCAGGCCAAGGCAAGUCGCAAAUUCACUUGUCCCUACGUUCCAGAGGCCGCGAGAGGUCGAAUCGGAGACUACAGACCUCAGAUACAUUUGAAUCCUCAGACACAAACUCAAGAGUGGUUGGUCUCCGAGCUCGACCUGGAAUGGCUCGCAGACGGAUGCUAUGUGCUCGGCUGCGGCGGCGGCGGCUCUCCUUACCCGGAACUGCUCAAGCUCAAAGAUCAUCUCAACAAGGGUCAUCGAAUCCGCAUUAUCGAUCCAGACGAUUUGGCGGACAAGGUCAACGUAAUCUGGGCCGCCAAUGUUGGCUCGCCGCCUGUUGUUGCGGAGCGACUGAGUGCAAAUGAGACAUCCCACGCGAUUCGAGAGAUCCUUCGCCACCAAGGCCUGGAAUCCUUCGAUGCCAUCAUGGCUGGAGAAGUGGGUGGGUCGAAUGGCAUGGUGGCGCUAACGCAAGGCUCCAGCAGAGCAUUCGAUCGUCCUGUGGUAGACGCCGACUGGAUAGGUCGCGCAUUUCCGUACCUUUGGCAGACAACUCUUUCCGUCCAUGCUCCCUCCGCCUUGCUUCCCUGCUCGAUCGCUUCUGGCGAUGGCUGCGCACUUGUCCUAACUCAAUGUGCUACCAACGAUCAACUGGACGGUGCUAUACGGGCGCUCUGCGUCGAGAUGGGGUAUUUUGCCGGCUUUGCUGCAAAACCUGUUCCCGGUGAAUUAGUGCAGCGACUGGGCGUGAAACGCACACUUUCGCAGGCAUGGCGUAUUGGACGGUGCAUCGCCACGGCUCAAGAGAACAUGACAACGGAUACAGUAGUUGAGCAGAUCGUAAUGGAGCUGGGAGGGGAUCAAGUCGCCCGAAUUCUCUUCCGAGGCAAGAUCGUAGCUAUCGACAGUCGGCUUCGCGGUAGACAUUCUUUUGGAGAGGUUGUGAUUGAGCACGUUGGAACCGAAGCCAUGUCCUCAAAGUCCACAUACCCGUUGGCAGUGGGCGGCAAGAUUCGCAUACCGUUCCAAAACGAAAACCUCCUGGUUGAGCAUGAGAAACCUCUGUCGUCGUCUUUGGAGUUGCUGGCCUCGGUUCCCGAUCUCAUCAGCGUGCUUGACACACUAACGGGAAAGGCGCUCGGAAUUGGGGAAUAUCAAUAUUGCCUCCAUGUAACGGUUCUGGGGGCUGCGUGCUCGCCACUUUGGAGUGGCAGCGAAGCUGGACUGCAAGCAACAUCGCCACAAGCGUUUGGACUCGAGGGGGUGAAAUAUACGCCACUCGGAUCCUACCGAGAGUGUCAGAGCGUUAUUGGGAGUUCACGGCAAAGUCAUGACUCGAAUUUGCACGACACCAUGCAGUAG